AUGUGGGAUGUAGUAUGGACCGACCCAGACAAGGAGUUAGUUGGAGAACAUCGCGCCAAAAAGGAUCGACUGAAGCAGGACAAGGAAAAGAGUAGCAUCCGCUCGGGACGAGACUCGGCUACUACCUCGUCUUCAAACUCUUCCUCCGAGACGCCUUUCAGUUUUUUUCGAUCUAGAAGCGGCAGAAAUGCAGUCACAUUAAAAGGGAAAGAUCCCAACCGCUCGCCAUCCUUCUCUGGGCUGGCAACACCAAGCCUUACGUCCACCAUUUCGCCAUUCUCGCAAACGUUCGACUCCUCAAGUCAAAGAAGCUCAGGUAUGGUAACCACGGCACCAACAUCGCCCAACAAGGACGGGCUUGAGCUUUCUUCAUCUGCCAGCAAACGGGACACGUUUCCCUCGUUUGAUGAAUGUCUCUCACAGUCAUUUGGAAGUAUCGAUUCCAUCACUGCGAACCUGACCAGCUCUUUUCUUGAUCGGAGCGGCGCUGAGCCUCCUAACAUUGCUACCUUGAUCGAAAUCUUGGGAGACUUGCCACCUAGAGUCGAAAUCCGAGAUGCACCGCGAGUUGCUCUCAAUAACCCUGAUUCUACUGGCAAGUCCAAAGAAGCAGAAGGGCGGAUGCCAUCGAUCGAAGCUCCGUUUGUCACACCGCCAAAGCUGCUCUCGAGACUUUCAGGGAGUGCAAACCACUUAGAGACCGCACUCGAAUCGUCAGUGAUUUUGACGCCGCCCCCACGAUCGCCGCGUCGGCCCGCGCCAUCUCCAUUGGGAAUCAACAACCCUGUGGCAUGGCGAACUCCAUCACAAUGGGCAGAACAUGGCGCGAAACAGAUCAGAAAAGCUGAUGAAACCGUCUUACAGAAGUCUGAAAGAGUAUCUGUCAUCAAGACGGAAGCAUCUGCCAUUGCCAGCGCCACACAGGGUUUUCGAUAUGCAGCAGGUGCACCAACUGGGAUGAUAUUGGCGAAAGUCAAGCAACUCUUGACGGAGGAGGCUGGUGAGGGCCGGGAGAUUGAGACAGAGAGUCCCAAACAACAUUGGAUGCUUUCUCUUCUCCAUGGUCUUGGUUACAUAGCAGAUCCAGACCUCAACCAGGACUGUCGCUGGACUCCGCUUCCUCCGAUAGCACUGGUCAUGUUGCUCUACGAGACGAAAGCGUAUGCAACGUACCUCAGCGCUGCUCACCCUGGCACGCAGGUAUAUCACCUCAUUAGGGAGAGCCCAAGAGGCAGCUGGCCGCACAAUAUUCAGCUGGUCAGAGCGCCUCCAGUAGAGGCUACGAACUUUCCUGUACCGGCGUCGCAAUUCCAGACGGUGUAUUCCUUUUCUUUGCCGUCUGGAUGCCCCUACCACAUGUUGCCCAAUGUCCUGAGCAGUGUCAACAAGUGUUUGAAGCCGGGCGGAUCUUUCAAGGUGACAAUAAUCGAUCCGCUGCCGUAUCCCGAAACUCUUGGCCACAGGCUCCGGACUUGGGUGGAAGAGCAUCUUUUCCCGAAUCUCGAGAAGGAAGCACGCUGUUUGGAACCGAGUAGGUUACUCCCGAAACUACUCGGUGACGCUGGUCUUCGAGGAAAGGGAAGCAGGCGAACAAAGGUGAAAUUUUUUGCCCUGCAAGAAAAUGCACGCCGCUGCGACUACCACGACCCGGAUCCCAGCAUCGAGAGGAUGUAUCGGGAACGACGAGAUAAAGCGGAGUUGCGCACCUUGGUCGGCCGCAUGUUUUGGGUGGAGGUUUGGGGCCAAUACUGCACACCGGCAGGUGCUCGGUGGUGGGACGAUCCCAAGAUUGUUGAGGAAUGUCGGGAGCUCGGUACUUUUUGGGAGUACCACAUCAUUGACUCUGUGAAGGCAGAGCAGAAUACCGGUUGA